AUGAUAUACAACAACGGUAUACCCUUCCCAAGCCGUCCAGAUAACUUCCAUCUGGACCAGUUCGAUUUUGCAGAUGAACUUCAAAAGAUCGUGGAUUAUGAGCGACGUGUACGUGAUGCCAUAGAAAAUGGUUUCAUUUUUAACGAAUCUGGUGAAAAAAUUAAUUUAAGAAUUCCCGAGGCUGUCGAUAUAAUCGGACGUAUCAUUGAAGCUGGUGUUGAUUCUCCAAAUGGUCGCUAUUACAAAGACUUUAUCACACUAUGGAAGUCCAUUCUUGGAAAUUCAUUGGCGCAUAAGAACGAUUAUAGUGAAAGCUAUGUACCUCUUGUCAUCCCUUCAGUCCUGGAGCAUGAUCAAACAGCACUCCGCGAUCCUGCAUUUUAUAUGAUCUGGAAACGGGUCCUUAAUUUGUUUAAGCUUUGGCAUGAACAACUUCCUCCUUACACACGUGAAGAAUUAGCCUUGUCUUCAGUGGUAAUUGAAAAUGUCGAAGUUGACAAAUUUGUCACAUAUUUCGAAAAUACCUACACGAAUAUUAGUGCAGGUCUUUACAGAUCAAAUAAAUGCAAAAUGCCUGAAGGCGAAAACGUCAUCGUUCGUAAGUCGACUGAUAGUCCUCAUUACACCUAUAAUUUGAGGGCUGCAAGCGAUGUUUACAGAGAAGCUGUUGCGGCUUUAGACGGGACAGGAGAUUACCAUUUUGAUCCUACGCAAAUUAUCAAAUUUCCACACAAUCUUGUGCUACCUAAAGGUCACUUAGCCGGUAUGCCGUAUGUGCUACUGGUUCACGUAACGGAGUACAAGCCACCCAGACUACCAUUCGGAAGUACUUUCGAUUCUGAGUUGUCCAGCGGACCAGGUUCCGGCUCUCGUCGUCUGGCCGGAGACCCACUGGGCUAUCCUCUUAAUAGGCCACUGUAUUCAUGGCAGAUUGAGAGCCUGCAUAAUUUUUAUUUCCAAGACGUAUUGAUUUAUCACAAGCCAACUCCGGAAAUCAAUGUUCCUUACUCUUCUGAAGUUUAA